AUAUAUAGCACUGAGAACAAUGCCAGUAGCAUUCUAUAAGUGUUAGCUAUAAAUAUUAUUAUUAUUAUUCCAUAAGUGAAUAAAUUUUGUUGCACAUGAUUGUCACAUUUGUUAUUAAAAAGCCAAACAGAGUUGUUUUAAACCAUCUAAUUGUAAAAUAUCAUUUAAGAAGAAGCUGGCUCCCCAAAAUGAGAUCAUUUGCUUUAUUUUUAGAAAAUAAACCAAUAAUUUCCAAGGUAUCUUUGGACUGCUGCAAAGACAGUAAGAUUAAGUAAAGCUGGAUUCAGUGCCCAUGGUACCAGCUGUUUACAAAUAACUUUUAAAAAGUAAUACAGAAGGAAGAAUUACUAGAUUAAAAAGAAAAGAUUGCCUGAAUGUGCAUGUCAUAUAUAAUUAAAUCUAAAAAUCUAUUAUUUGCCACCUAUGUAUGUUAAACCUCUCUUCCUUGUGACAUCACACAAAAAUGGUGAAAUUUUCAUGAGACCUGAAGAGACUACUUAUAUGGUAUCAUCCUAAAUAACAACCAUAUAAAAUUUUUUUUGUGGGCCCCCUGAUGGCUGGAACUGGAGUGGGGUGGUAAUCAGUUACUUUCCUUCAUUCAGAGGAAAAUUAUAUCAGCUUAUAAGUUAAUAUUGGUUACACUUAGAUCACAAUUUUAUGCAUAGGUUCUCUAGAUAUUUACUUAUUUUUGAAAGUAAUUUUAACUCUUAUUUUUUGUAGUGUGGUAGAAAAUAUUAAAUUGGACUAAACCCCAUGUCAGAGAUAAAGUCUUGCUUGUAUAAUUAGGAAAACCUAAAAAAAAAAAAAAAGAUUUUAUAAACAUUGCAAAAGUCAAUCAAAAGGAUACCUUCUUGAGAAUGAAAACAACCUCUAGGUAAAUUGAAUUACUGUUCCCAAAUAUUUAUGUCCCUUCUAAUGGGAGGACUUUACCUCCCUACUUUUAAUAGCAGGCUUGGCCCUUUGCCUUGAUUUGUUCAGUGAAAUAUUAAAGGAAGUGAUGUUUGCCACAUAGUUCUGACAUCUCUCUUUUCCUUGUAUGACAAGAAUGGCAUGUCCCAAAGAUGGGAUGCCCCUUUCACCUGGGUCCCCGAAUAAUGGAACAAACUUGAAGAUGACUGUGAUUGACAAAUAAUAUGAAGAGAAAGAAUCCUUCCUUUGCGUAGUCACUGACCUAUGUGUUCCAGCUGGAGAAAAAGAAAACAUCCAGAAUCAUCUAUAGACUUGGUCCUUUUUGUCUGGAGGAUCAUGUGAUUUGCAGACAGUGAACCCAAGGCCUCAUAGCCCUGAUGCUGCACUUUGCUCUUUUACAAGAGUUGCUGCUUUCCCAACACCCCCACCUGCCAGGAGGAGAGGAAGCCAGAGUGACCAACAAGCUUGUGCAGCCACAAGAUGGCAGAGCCUCCAUCAUCCUCAACCUGGUAACAACAAUAAUUGUAAUACCAACACCAACACAAGUAAAAUUAGCCCAGCAGUUCAACCAGAUGAGCAUAGAAACUGCACCAACCUUUCUGGUUUUCCUGAACUCAGAAUAUGAGCCUUGUUUGGGGACCCUGAUCCACAAACAGUGGGUUCUCACUGCAGCCCACUGCUUCUUACCAUUUCUUGAGAUAAACGUUGCGGCUUCAAAAGAGAAUUUUCAAAACAAGAUGGGGAACUUAAGACCCACAUUUAUUGUCCAACACCCAGAUUUUACCCGGGAUUCUGCUGAGCAUGACCUCAUGCUCAUCAAGCUGAAUCAUCCCGUAGAGCUCAAGGAUCAGGUCAAGCUGGUGGUUCUACCCAACACCACGAAUGACAGAAGAGGGGAAAAGUGCACUGUCUCUGGCUGGGGCUGGGAAUGGAGGAAUUUCAACCCAGAACCUGAUAUCCAGAUAAACCAGACUGUCUUUUGGUUUUCUAAUGAUGACUGCCAAGAGUCCCUUGUAAGACAAAUUCCUAUUAAAAUCACAGAAAACAUGUUCUGUGCAGGAUCAUCUCUGGAGAACACACACUCAUGUAAGGAAUUAGAUGCUGUCCCAAUCCUGUGCCAAAAUCAGCUCCAUGGGAUCCUAUCUUGGUCAGCAGGGUGUAUUUUGAAAGGUGAUAUUGGCUACUACACCAAGGUUUCCUGCUAUACAGACUGGAUCCACAAAGUUAUCCACAGCAACUGAGCUCUCUCUGUUCCCUCUCCCAGUGGCCUCAGAACUGGGUCUACCAUUCUUGACCCUCUUUUCCCUUUAGCCUGAGAACAAGAUGGGAAUAGAGCCUUUAGCUAUAAGAAA